AUGCUUUUGGAUGCUGCUGCUGACGGCGACGUGGAUGAAGUGAAACAACUACUUGAAGAUGGAGCAGACGUAAACACUACAGAUGACAGUGGAAACACACCCUUGAUUCUUGGUGCUAUCAGCGGUUCCAGUGAAGUCGUGAGGGUCCUUUUGGAGGCUGGCACUGACAUCAAUGCCCAAGGAGAAAUUGAAGGAACUGCACUUCGUUUGGCUGCGCCGCUGGGCAAUGCUACCAUAGUUGAGCUUCUGGUUGUGGAGGGUGCGGACACUGAGAUUCCAGAUGAGGAUGGAAUCACACCUCUGUAUGCUGCUGUAGAUGCGGAGGAGCUCUCUGUUGUGAAAGUCUUAGUGGAGGCAGCAGACAUCGAGGCAACUGUGGUCAAUCGUGGCUACACUGCCGUCUCGUAUGCCGCUGGAUUUGGAAAUCUGGAGACUUUCGAUGUGCUGGUUGCAAGGGGUGCCGACCUCAAGGUGAUGACCUUACAAGGCCUUGGUGUGCUACACCUUGCUGCCCUUGAGCCAAGCAACACCCCUAUAAUGGAGGUGCUCCUCGACAAGGGGAUGGACAUCAAUGCCACAACCGAAGAAGGACAGACAGCCAUAGACUUGUCUGCUUGGAUUGGAGACAAGCCCAACAUCGAGUUUCUGUUGUCCAAGGGUGCUAAUCCGUCUCUCAAUGGAAUUCCUGUGUGUGGCUGCCUGGACACAAACCAAGGAUCGGUGUGUCCACCUGAAAACUGCCAGUCAAAGGAAGACAUAGACGAGAUCCAUGAUCUUCUGGGCAUUGAGGAUGGGAUCGAGCACCUUAUAGAUGCAGUGGCCGCUGGUGACGAGGAGGCUGUCGUGAGGCUCAUCAACGAUGGUGCCAAUGUAGAACAAACAGCUGCUGGUGGGGAGACCCCCCUCAUACUGGCCUCAACAAGGGGUCUUGAGGAGAUCGUCACCAUACUGCUAGAUGCAGGAGCAGAUGUCAACGCGACAGACAACAUCGGACUGACACCCUUGUGGGUGGCAUCAUUCUUCAACCAUCCCGCUGUUGUUAAAUUGCUAAUUGAGGCGGAUGCCGACAUUGAGGCAAUGGCAAAUGGCGGUACCUCCCUGCAUGUCGCCGCCACUGCUGGCGGUGCAGAGGUCAUUGAGCUGCUCAUCGGGGCCGGUGCAGACCCCGAUGUCAGAACUCCCCGGUCGCAGAGUACACCCAUAAUGUUUGCUGCUGAAGGCAAUCACCUGGAAGCGGUGCGGGCCCUGAUCGACGCGGGGGCCAAUGUCACGAUUCCGACUGCAGAAGGCCUGACCGCAUUGCACAUGGCUGCCACUGCAUCGGGCUCGGAGAAGAUCAUGAACAUCCUCCUUGGCGAGGGAAUCGACGUCAACGCGAGGGCCCUUGAAGACACCACGCCGGUCAUCAUCGCAGCCUACUAUGGCAACAGGGGUGCCGUCCUGUUCCUGAUCUCCAAGGGGGCGGACACUCAGAUCAGCACCGGCGGGCUCUUCGACGUGGUCUGCGGCUGCGUGGCGCACAUCUUCGACCCGAGGCUCCGGCAGUGCUCGGCGGGCGCAUGCCAGACCCAGGACGACAUCGACGAGAUCGAGGCCCUGCUGGGCGGCGAUGCCUGGAGGUCACCCAUCCCGAAACCCGCAACCGCCGCCAUCCCGGCCCUGAAGCUUCACCCCAACGCCCCAUUCCGGACGCCGCCGCAGCGCCGCCAAACCCCUGUGAGCCCGUGUGACUGGGCUCUGUGCUCCGAUGGGGGUGGGGGAGUGCUGGGUGGCUUGCAGGACGGGCGUCUGGGCGCACUGUGGACGUUUUCAACCACGACGGGCUGA